GGAGCACGCGCUACGUCAUCACCGCGCGCGCCGUGUCUGCGUGCUGUUUUGGGAAAGUCGUAACCGUCGCAGCUCGUCUCGAGACUCAAAGAGGCGAUUUUUUAUAUAAAACAGGAUGCCUCUACCCCCGGCGCUGCUGGCCCGCUUGGCCAAGAGAGGGAUUGUUAAACCGUCAGAGCAAGAGGUAGACGAGGAGAUUAUUGCUGAAGAUUACGAUGACAAUAACGUAGAUUACGAAUCCACCAGACUGGAGAAUCUGCCACCGAACUGGUACAAAGUGUUCGACCCUGCUUGCGGUCUUCCUUAUUACUGGAAUGUGGAGACAGAUUUGGUGGCCUGGUUGUCCCCAACUGACCCGAGUGCAGUGGUAACAAAACCUGCCAAGAAAAUUAGAGCUGAUGGCGGAGAUGAAAGAAUCGAAAGGCAGUUUGAGAAACCAGACAGAGAGCGAGAGCGCGAAAGAGACAAAGAUCGGGAAAGGGAUCGGGAACGGGACAGAGAGAGGGAUGAAGGCAGGGACAGAGACAGGAGAAAGCAGCGGAGAGACGACAUAGCGCCGUACAGCAAGAGCAAAAGAGGGAGAAAAGACGAUGAGAUGGACCCCAUGGAUCCAAGUGCUUAUUCUGAUGCCCCGAGGGGCACGUGGUCAAGUGGCCUGCCCAAGCGCAAUGAAGCAAAGACGGGUGCAGAUACCACAGCGGCGGGGCCUCUGUUCCAGCAGCGACCGUACCCGAGUCCAGGAGCCGUGCUUCGGGCUAACGCAGCAAACCAAAUACCCAAGGAGUAAGCGGAGCCCCCGGGAAACAAGACACAGCUGUACAGUUCAGUUUUCCCUUUGCUCACAUCCUAACAUCGACAUUACAUUACAGACCGACAUCUCUUUAAGUUAAUUUUCAUUCUGUACAUGUCCGAAGUUAGAGUGCUGUGCUUUUAUACCACCAGUGCAUUCAUACUCCUGUCAAACACGUAGAACAGUUGUAAAUAUGUUUUCAUAUGACCUAAAGAUUGACCUUCUUGUUGUUACUAGGGCAAUUAGUGGACAUCAUUUGCUAAUAAACUGAAAGAUUACUGUGA